AUGCUUACUACUCCUAGUAGCCAAAGAAGGAAAGAAGUGUCGAGGCUAAUAAAUCUGAAAAUGAAAUUUGUAAUUCCGAAACUACCCUUCGCUCUUUCUCUCUUCUUCUCACUCUCUCUCCUCCUUGUCUUCUUCUUCGCCUUCCCGUUAACUUCCCUCCGCCGUCCCGCCUCCUCCGUCGCCGUCGUCGACGAAGGGAUACGGAUCCGUCAUGGAUACAAAUCCUACGAGGCUUACAUCCAGCACCAGCUCAACAAAACUCAGAACCCAAAGCUACGGAAGGUGUGGACGACGCGCGACUGGGACAGGAAGGUGCGCGUGUUCUCCACCUUCUUCCAGCGCCUCAGUGACGUCGGUCUCCUCUCGAACGGAUCGAAAGCGCUCUCGAUCGGAGCUCGAGUAGGCCAGGAGGUUGCGGCGCUGAGGCUGAUCGGAGUGGAGGACUCCAUCGGGUUAGAUCUGGUGCCGCGUCCGCCUCUGGUGGUGAAAGGUGACUUCCACGCCCAGCCGUUCGACGCGGAGACGUUCGAUUUCGAGUUCUCUAACGUGUUCGAUCACGCGCUUUACCCGGAGAAGUUCGUUGGGGAGAUCGAACGGACGCUGAAGCCUGGAGGUGUUUGCGUGAUACACGUGUCGCUGCAUGGGAAGACGGAUAAGUACUCGGCGAACGAUCUGUAUAGUGUGAAACCGUUGGUGAAGCUGUUUAAGAGAUCGAAGGUGGUGGAGGUGAGGAAGAUCGAUGGGUUUGGGCUUGACACGGAGGUUGUUUUUAGAAAGAACAAAGAUUAAUAAAACUGUAAUUUUGAUUCAUUUGAUACCAUAGAUUCAUUGUGAAAGCUGUUUCUUUUCCUUUUCUGGGUGUAUUUUUUAUUUUUAUCAUACAUUUUUUUACCAUUUACUAUAACUGUAAACUUGGGUUUAGAAUUAAGGUGGAGAAGGUGUGUAUCAAAGGUAAUAGAUGCUCAACGAUUUGAUCAAAA